AUGAGCUCCUACUCUUCGGCAUCAAGCGAAACCUCUACGCGUACCCGGGCAGGGCUGGUCCCCGCCACACAGACACCAUCGCCGAACAACCUCAGUCCACUCGACACCUCCAAGUUCAGACCCGAUAUGACGAAGGAGGAAUACGACGCCGAGUGCGUCCGCCAGCGACCGCCGCCUGUCGUCGAGAGCGCAGGGACAGAGAAGGUCAACCCGCGUGCAGGUGGUGACUAUUAUACCGCGUCCGUAUUGAGGCGUGGGGGGACAUCGUCGCAGGCUUCGACGUGCGCGCCCUUGCAUACGGCUCCUACAUACCUUGGGUACCCGUACCGAAUUACGACCCCUUCGAACUACGCGCCCUCGACCUACGCCCCUUUGGGUGAGACGUACGCCCCUUUACACACGGCCCCGACGUACAGCCUCCCCAUGUCGGCUGGGAAUGUCUGGCCGGUGUAUCCUUCGACCAGCACGCGCGAUGCUCCGCCUGAGUACUCCUCGGUGGAUGAUUUGUCGCUUACACGACAGGAGACGGGGUAUUCUUCGCCAAGCAGAGCCGGCGCGACUCCUCCCCAGUAUUACGACAAGAAUGUGCGGGACAGUAUCACGGGCUCUCCGGCGCCCCAGGGACGUGUGCCGUCGUCGUCGUCGUCGUCGUAUGGCAGCUCUUCGCGGGAAACGUACAUCGACUCGCAAGGGCGCGAGAGGUCGUACCCCCCGCCGCUGACCAGCGCGAUGUACAAAGAGGCUAUGCAAUUCGGGUUUUCUCAAUACCUGUCCCCUCUUUACGGCGGAUCGUCUCUCCUGGACUCAGAACUAACGCUCUUGGACUCUAUCACUACGCCGCCGGGAACAGGGACUGCGGGUGCUGUUUCGAAUGAAGAGCAACAGCGGAGGUUGAGGAGGUUGCUUGAGGAUCCGAAGAAGUGA